AUGUUCAACCGAAACGCCUAUCCCCACUCCUUUCAGCAUCGAGCCUCGAACUCGUCGCAAUGGGAUCCAGGUCACGCCAGCACAAGCGCCGUCUCCAACGCGCCCGUCUUAUCCACGUCGUCUUACGGCGAGAAUGCCGGUAGCGCCAGCACCAGCAGCGGCAACCCUGCGAGCUUCCAGCACCGCAGCGACGUUGCGUCUUCCGCCUACCAGGGCUACUCCCAGACCUACCCCGGCCACCGUGUGCAAGGCCAGGGGCCGAGUCAAAGCAGCCUGAGCGAAGGCCUCGGGCCCUCAGCAUCUUCGCACCAGUCACGCGGAUACGCGGACGCUCCAUCGGCCCAUAGCAGUGCCCAGGAAGCCGAUCAGCGGAACAUCCUCUUUGGCUCGCAGCUCGGCGCACAUCGCGUCCAGGGCUACGGCAGCUAUAGCCCUGUCGCUGCUCACCAGGUCCAGGCCCUGUCGCGGGAGAAGCCGCAGUCGCCUGCGCAGCUGCACCAGACCGCCCACACCCACGCGCAGCCGGACGAUCAGCAGCCCCAGUAUCAUCACCAUCACCACCAACAGCAGCAGCAGCAGCAGCAGCAGCAGCAGCAGCAACAACAGCAACAGCAACAGCAGCAGCAGCAGAGAUACUCGAGAGCCUUCGAUCAGCAGUAUGCAGCGACAUCGGCGUCGCAAAGCACAUACGCUGGCAAUGCCAGUGAGCAGACCUCCAGCUCCUGGAACCCCUAUGCCGCCGCAGCAUCCGCGCAGCAGCAGCAGCACCAUCAGCAACAACAGCAGCAUCAACAGGCACAACAGCACCAGGCGACUCUACGGGAUCCUGUGACGUCGCACUCGAGCCUCGGCACCGUGUCUGGGUCCGCCCUCUACAACAGCUCCGGCCCACCGGGUCCCAGCGCGGCUGCAGUGUCGGAAAACAAGGCUGCCCCGCCCUCUGCAGCUCCGCAGGCCCAAGCUUCGCCGCAGCCUGCAGCAGCGCCGGCAAAGCCGGCAAAGGCCACCCGGGCGCCUAGAAAGAAGAAGGCCGAGGCUGCGGCAAGCGCGCAGGCCGCCCCUGCGGGCAUGAGCGACGUGCUCAACGGCCCUGCGGGCAACAAGGCCAACGGCACCGCAAACACGGCAGCCUACAUCGACCCCUCGCAGACGUACCUCCUGCCGCCAAGCCACCCGGUCGCGCCACCCGCCGAGGUCAAGGUGCCCAAGAAGAGGGGCAGGAAGAGCGCGGCCGAGAAACGGGCCGAAGCCGAAGCCGAGGCAGCAGCAGCAGCAGCAAAGGCGCAGGCAGAGGCAGAAUCGGCGGCGGCGGCAGCAGCAGCAGAGGCAAAAGCAGUGGCAGCUGCCGCGGCGGCAGCGGCAGCGGCAGAGGAGCCGCCCAAGAAGAGACCCCGGGGCCGGCCGAGGACGGUCAAGCCCGCCGAUGGUAGCGCUCCCGCGCCGGCGGCGAAGCGAGGGCCCAAAAAGGCAGCGGCCCAAGCAGUCGCUCCUGCUGCAGCUGCGGCCCCACCCAGUAACCCUGCUGCGAGUGACGCUGCGCCGACCGCGGGCGUUCCAGCCGCUGGAGGUGAAGGAGGCGAGGCCGCCCCGCCCGUCAAGCGAAAGCGAGGCAGGCCUUCGCUGCCCGACGGACCCAAGUCGCGGUAUACGGCCAUGUGGAGAGACCAAAUGAUUGAAAAGAUCCGCGAGAUGCGCAUCUUUGGCAACGUCAUCGAGGACGAGCAGAUGCAGGAGGACUUUGACCGCCUCGUCGUGCAGCUCGAGACGAUGGCCAACGGCAAGAUUGUCGGUGAUGCCAAGGCGACGGCGGCGACGGGCGCAGCUGUCUAG